CCUACCUUUUAGCGGAGCUUCUAUCCGCCGCUGCUUGUCACCGCAACAUUCAGUCUUAAACGAAAGCUUACGCGUUGUAGUGCGUUUUUUGCAAAGCACGCUUUGGUGAAAAAUAAAAGUUAUAAAAAAGUUGUAAAGGACUUUUCCCGAAGGAUACGCCAUAUAAACUAUAAUAAAUUGAAAAUUAGUGAAAAUGUUUAAGAUUUUACUAAGUGCAACACUGUGUGUGGCCAUGUUUGGCUCUUUUGCUCACGCUGCCGACCGUUCAUGCCCCGAACCGAACGGUCGCUUCGCCGAUGACGCGCAAUGCGACGCCUAUCUGGAAUGCAAAGACGGUGUUGGCGAGGAGAAACUCUGCCCCGAUGGUCUGCUCUUCAAUCAACGCGGCAAAACAACUGGCGACUGCACCUACUUACCAUUUACCACAUGCAAAGAUCGUUUACGCCUGCAGCCAGCUAACGGUACCGCUGAAUGUCCACGCCAGUUCGGUUUCUACUCAUCCGGUGAUCCAAAGAAUUGCGGUGUAUACAAGAAUUGCGCACAUGGCGAGGCAACACUGACAAAAUGCCCCGAAGGUUUGGCAUUCAAUGUGGAGUCCUAUCAGUGUGAUUGGCCCGAUCUAGUUGCAGAAUGCAAUGCUGAGGCUUUCCUCGACUUCACAUGUCCACCACCGGAGAUAGUCGAUGGUGUGGAGAAGGAAGUCGACACCAGUCCCGAGGGUGAGCUGCGCUAUUUCCGCCAUCCCAAGACAUGCAAGAAAUAUUUCGUCUGUGUCAAUGGGCAUCCGCGUCUAUACAAUUGUGGCAAAUAUUUGGCUUUCAAUGUAGAGACGAAAUUAUGCGACUUCUACACCCAUGUGCCGGAGUGCUAUGCGCUUUUGAAGGAGAAGAAAUUGGCAGCUGCCGCCAAGCAGGCUUAAAGUGUGGCAAUUAUACCAUUGCCUUGGUUGUAUGAAAGAACCAGUUUUGCCAUUUUUAUUUAACUUAAACUUGAAUGAGCUUUAAAGUUUACUUAAAACAUGUAUUUUAUAUCUAACGAAUGUAAAAAUAAAUAUUUAAAUAAAUAAAUACAUAAGUAUUUAUUGACAUUUA